CAAGUUUGUGGUAUUACCGGGAAAUUGAUAAGAAUGUAUCAGAAACCAAAAAGAGAUCCAAGCAAAUCUCCCAACCUCAGCGGCAUGGCGGGUGUCCAUUUGCCAGGACGUGGAAGAGGACUGCAGACUGCAGAUAGCCCUCAAGGACAGGCAGUAUCUCUACCUGUUACUGAACCUGUGGUUGCACAAGGUAGAGGGCUGUUGCUGCAGCCUGAUGGCUCAGGAGUUGGUCAAGCCAGGGAGUUGCUUUCUGCAGAAACCAAACCAAAAGUUGGGGUGGCCAGAGGUACCAUGUUGCUAACACUGGCGGCACAACAUGGACACAAUCCUCCAUUUGAAACGACACCAGUCUCAACAGGAGAUCUCCCUACUUUGACCACAGAGCAGGUUAGCAUGCCAACUCAUGGUCAAGGAUCAACACUGGUCUCAAUGUUUAGAGAAAUGGGAAUUGAGACCAUGGCAUCCUGGGGAAGAGGAACACUACCAGUGGGAAGAGGAGCAGCCGGAGAUUGGGGAGAUGCAAAGCUGCAAGCUGCCAUGAGCACUGCAGAGUGUAUCGGUAAACAUGGAGACAUGGGUAGAGGCAGCAGUUUCCAUGGCCAAACUUUGUUCCCUCCGAUGAUGGUGGGGGUCGGAAGAGCAGCGAUGCCACAGCUUGGAAUGGGAAGAGGACAUACUCUGCUUCCCCCUUUUCCUCCAGGUCAGAUCAAAUCUAUUUCUGCAACACCUGAGCCGGAAACAGAUAAACACCCACACACAGGAACUGUGGCCCCGGUCUUCACCAGUCAAGAUACCACUGCUCUUUCAGCUGUUGCACCUGCAAAGAAGGAGCUGGUAAUGGAGGUCAUACGUGAACCAGUUAACAAAGGUGGAACAAAAGGAACUCCGAUAACAAUUGGAUCAAACCACAUCCCAAUUAGAUGCAAGAAUGAAGCGGUGUAUCAGUACCAUGUUACGUUUACACCAAAUGUUGAAUCAAUGGCGAUGCGUUUUGGCAUGAUGAAAGAUCACCGUUCAACCACUGGGGAAGUGGUGGCUUUUGAUGGUUCCAUACUGUACCUGCCAGUUAAGUUAGAUGAGGUGGCUGUUCUCAAAAGUUUGAGGCGGACAGAUAAUGAGGAGAUAGAAAUCAAAAUCAAGAUGACGAAGAUUUUGCCCCCCAGCUCUGAUCUUUGCAUCCCUUUCUACAACGUGGUACUCAGAAGGGUAAUGAAAAUGAUUGGACUGAAGAUGGUGGGCAGAAAUCAUUUCGAUCCAGAAAGUGCAGUCGUUCUUGGAAAGCAUCGGCUGCAAGUGUGGCCGGGCUAUUCCACCUGCAUUAAGCGCACAGAUGGAGGUCUGUACCUGUCUGUGGACGUGAUUCACAAAGUUUUGCGGAACGACUCCGUGCUGGAUGUCAUGAACACUUUGUUCCAGCAAAAUAAGGAAAACUUCCAAGAUGAAUGCACCAAAGAACUGGUUGGUAGCAUCGUUAUCACCCGCUACAACAACCGCACCUACCGCAUUGAUGCCAUUGAAUGGAACAAGUCUCCCAAGGACACCUUCACUUUGAUGGAUGGCACAAAAACCACCUUUGUGGAAUACUACAGCAAGAACUAUGGGAUCACAAUCAAUGAGAUGAACCAACCUUUACUCCUGCACCGACCCAAGGAGAGGUCCAAGCCAGGAGGGAAGCAAAUCAUUACUGGAGAGAUCCUUUUAGUACCCGAGCUUUCCUUCAUGACUGGAAUCCCAGACAAGAUGCGGAAGGACUUCAGAGCUAUGAAGGAUCUGACCAUGCACAUCAAUGUGAGCAGUGAGCAGCACACCCACUCAAUAAAGCAACUGCUGAAGAACAUCAGCAGCAAUCCUGAGAGUCUGAAGGAGAUCAGUCGAUGGGGACUGGAGAUCGAUUCCAAAAUUGUGAUGAUUAAAGGUAGAACACUGCCCCCUGAAACCAUCUGUCUUCAGUCUUCAUCCUUUGUAACUGGUGCUGAUGUUUCCUGGUCCAGAGAGGUUGUGAGGGAUGCUUCGAUCAGCUCUAUCCCCUUGAGCAUCUGGGCCAUCUUCUACCCUCGCCGCUGUGCUGACCAAGCAGAGGAGCUGCUUUCCACCUUUAACAAGGUGGCUGGGCCUAUCGGGGUAAGACUAGAGCGACCUGUUCGGGUGGAGCUGCGUGAUGACCGGACUGAGACUUAUGUCAAGAGCAUCCACUCUCUGCUCACCAGUGAGCCUAAAUUGCAGCUGGUAGUUUGCAUCAUGGUUGGCAACAGAGAGGAUCUCUACAGCGCCAUCAAAAAGCUGUGCUGUGUUAAAAGUCCCGUACCGUCACAGGCCAUCAAUGUGAGGACAAUAUCUCAGCAACAGAAGCUGAGGAGCAUUGCCCAAAAGAUACUCCUGCAGAUGAACAGCAAGUUAGGAGGAGAGCUGUGGACUGUCAACGUUCCUCUGAAAAACUUGAUGGUAGUUGGAGUUGACGUCCACCAUGACACUAGCAAGGUGCAUCAGUCAGUCAUGGGAUUUGUUGCAAGUGUGAACAGCUCACUGACCCGCUGGUACUCCAGAGUAACUUUCCAGACACCUAAUGAGGAACUGAUCAGUGGUUUCAGAGUUUGCUUGUUGGCUGCUUUGCAGAAGUACUACGAGGUAAACCACAACCUGCCAGAAAAGAUUGUGGUGUAUCGGGAUGGUGUGUCCGAAGGCCAGCUGAAGAUGGUGGAGCAGUACGAGAUCCCACAGCUGAUCAAAUGCUUUGAGAGGUUCCCCAGCUAUGAGCCCAAGCUGGUCUUCGUUGUGGUCCAGAAACGCAUCAGCACCACACUCUACUCGUGUUCUGCAAACACCUUUGAUGCUCCUCCACCUGGAACUGUUGUGGAUCACACACUCACUCAGAAAGACUGGGUGGACUUUUAUCUGAUGGCACAUAGUAUUCGUCAGGGUUGUGGACUCCCUACACACUAUAUCACCUUGUACAACACGGCAAACCUCACACCAGACCACUUGCAAAGGUUGACGUUCAAGAUGUGCCAUCUGUACUGGAACUGGCCAGGCACCAUUCGUGUUCCAGCACCCUGCAAGUACGCGCAUAAACUGGCUUUCCUGUCCGGCCAACACCUGCACAAGGAGCCAGCCAUCCAGCUCUCAGACAAGCUAUUUUUUCUGUGAGGUUAUUAACCCAAGUGUUACGACUGUCAGCUAUGCAACUCAUUAUUCCAUCUUGACCUUGUAUCAUCGCCUGGCUGGGAUUGGC